CUUGACAAUCUCAAGCGUGACAUCUCUUUUAUUCAGGCUCUCCGAAACGCUACACUCGACGAUGGUACAGGACUCAAAGGCGAGAAACUCGAACGACUCCGCAAUCCACCACGACAAUCGCUCCGUAUCGACGAUCCAUCUACCAUUCUCGCUCUCAGAAUGUUCAUGGCACUCGAACAUUCAUCUCAAGAUACCUAUGCGCAGAUUCGUGAGGCUGUAAUCGAGUGUUAUCCUGACUCUGAUGUUCCGCCCUUUCACCGUGUCAAGACAAUCCUCGCCGACCUUAGUGGAGUGGAGUCUCUCGUCGACCACAUGUGUAUCAACUCGUGCGCUGCCUUCGUUGGGCCUUACGCAGACUAUGAUAUGUGUCCGGAAUGUGGUCAGCAUCGUUUCGACCAGAUCAAAUUCACGAAGUCCAACGGUCGCAUCAAGAAUCCACGGGCUGUUUUUCAUACUAUUCCAAUAGGUCCUCAAUUACAAGCUCUUUGGCGCAAUCCUGAGAGUGCCGAGAAGAUGCACUAUCGUGAGCGACGCACACAAGAGAUCUUCGAUGAACUC